AUGUCCCAGCUCGUCAAGGCCAAGGGCCUCGCGCCCAUCCCCAAGGCCGUCGCCCCGUCCGGCGCGGGCCAGUCGAACGUCGAGGUCCGCAAGUCGCAGGGCGCGGAGAACGUGCUCCGCGGGCGCCUCGGCGCGCUCGCGCGCCUCGCGCGCGACGACGCCGUGCUCUGCCAGAUCAAGUUCUGCCACGAGUCCAUCGACGACGACUGGUGCGCGUCCACGGCCCAGGCCAUGAAGUUCAACACGCACCUCGACACGCUCGUCCUCGUCGGCAACGGCAUCACGGACGCGAGCGGCGUCCAGGUGGCCCACGCCGUCGCGCACCACCCGGCGUGCGCGUCCGUGGCGCUCGGGGGCAACGCGCUCGGCGACGACACGGCGCGCGCGUUCGCGGACGCGCUCCGCGAGUCGGCGACGCUGCUCUCGCUGAACCUCGCCGCGAACAAGUUCCACUACGACCACUACCGGGACAAGGCGCGGCGCAAGCGCGGGGGCCUCGGCGCGCUCGCGUACCUGCGCAAGCUCAAGCGCGAGCGCGAGGCCGCGUCGCGGCCGAACACGGCGCAGGUCGAGGCGCUCCACGACGCCAUCGAGACCGUCGACGCCUACGACGCGGGCAUCGAGACGACCUACGAGGGGCUCGACGGCUUCAACCCCGUGGGCUGGGGCGCGCCGAGCGACGACCCGCUCUACAACCCCAAGUCCGCGACGAUCGGCCACCGGGGCUGCGCGCAGCUCGCGCACGCGCUCGCGGGCACGAAGCUCACGAGCCUGGACCUGUCGGGCCAGAGCGUCGAGGACGCGGGCGCCAAGGCGCUCGCGCGCGCGCUCCACGGCGACUACGAGCACCGGUGCGCCGCGGCCCUCAAGUACCUGUCCCUCGACGGCAACGGCGUCGGCGACGACGGCGCCAUCGCGCUCAUCGACGCCUGGACCAACGUCUUCUGCCCGCUCCUCGCGCUGCGCCUCGCCAUGAACCGGUGCACGGACGCGGCGGCGAUGAAGCUGAGCGCGAACGUCGCGCGCUACGGCCCCCGCGUCCUCAAGGGGCGGAAGACGCUCCAGUUCGUCGACCUCAGCUUGAACCACGUCGGCCAGGCGGGCUGCUACGCCGUCGAGGCGACGGCGAAGAAGCUCGGCUACGACGCGCUCUACUCCGUCUUCGGCAACCCGGGCUUCUCCGGCGCGCGCGACGCGGCGCGGGCGAAGACGCCGGACCCCUUCGCGGCCCCGGGCCACGCGAGGUCCGAGGAGGAGGUCUACCACGAGGCCAUGGUCAAGCUCGGGCGCAACCUGCGGCCCAUCCGGUCCGGCGGCACGGGCCAGACGGACUCGAAGACGAACCUGCUGAACCUCCGCGUGCCGACGCCCUUCCUGUCGCCGCGCGCGCGCGCCAUGCUCUCGCCGCGGUCCCAGUACGACCUCGCCCACGGCUCCGAAUCCUACCUGCGAACGACGUCGCGCGCGGCCGCCGCGCGCGAGAAGCGGCGCCAGCAGACCUUCACGCCGCUCCACCAGCGCAAGAAGCAGCUCCAGCGCGAGGAGACGGGCCGCAUCAAGUACGCGCCGGACCCGUGCCUGCCGCCGCUGUCCUUCCAGAAGGACGCGCGCAACCUGAACCGGUUCAACCGGCGGCGCCGGCUCGCGCGCAUCGAGAACGAGAAGCGCAACGAGGAGCUCCGCGAGGUCAAGGCCAAGCUCGUGAAGUCCAUCUCGAGCCAGCGGCUCCGCGACGCCAUCGCGGGCAAGGAGCACGACUCCGACGAGGAGCGCGAGCGGCGGCCGGGCGCCAAGGCGACGCGCGCCGUCGGCGACCUCUACAAGUACUUCCCCAAGGUCCUCGACAUCGACGGCGCGCCCUACGGCCGCAUCGACCUCUCCAAGGACGGGCCCCGCUUCUCCGCGAAGCGCAAGGAGGGCGCCGCGAGGCCCGCGAACAUGCUCAAGGCCGCGGCGAAGUCGACCUUCUCCAUGCGCGCCAUGUUUAACCAGGACUAG